CGGUCGCUACGGAGUUCGGUCCGCCAUUUCGUUCUUUCGGAGACGCUCCUCUCUCUACGGGGGGCUUGGGCAAUUAACGGUGUCUUUCCCAAAACCGAUUUAUGCUAAUCAAAGACAUAUUAAUAUCAAUUUGGCUCCAUAAAAUAUUGCCCGUUUGGACCAUAAAGCAAACAAAUGUGAAAUAAAAACUAUUUUCGACUAUAGGCUGGACAAAAGAGCGAACAAAUCUGUACAAAAAAGUUGUGCUAAAUACGUUAUAAAUAAAAUAAAAUUCAAACUUAAUUUGAUAAACUCUGGCAUCCCACGGAAGCCGCAAAUCCCGACAAUUCCUACAUAAUAAAUCACAUAAAAACAUGCUACAAUGGAGCUGAUAAAAAAGUACAAACAGGGAAAGCUAACAACUGGCGAUAUACGCAAUCUGAACCACACCGUGAUAUGCCUUAUGGUAUGCAUUGCAAUAUUCUCUAUAAUAUGGAGCAUUUCGUUGCACAUGAUAUCCGGGGAUCUGUACGAGGGAAUAGUCAGUGCCAAACUCAUUUUCCGUGAGCGCAACUUCGAUCAAAUGGAUAACCGCAGCAAGGAGAUCCUACAUCGGGACUAUAUCAAAGCCACCCAGCAGGCCUAUGGGGAUAAAUAUUCCGUUCAGGAUGUAGCACCGGAUUCGCUGCAGAGCGAUAGCCAAACCACAAAGCCAACCUUCAAGAUACCACAUAUCUACGAGUCGAGGGAGAACCGGCCACGGUUGGAGCGUUUGAUAGCUGAAAAUAAUGAAGAAAAGGCCUUGACCACAACGCUGGCGCCGACUCCCAAGAUUGUCUUCAAUGCGGAGGCAGAUCGCCAGUUCCUGGCCAGCAUGGCCUUGGAUACACAUGCCACAUUUUGGAAUCCUGGGAUUGGCGCACAGUUCGUCUAUGCAUUUCCUCUUAUAUCGGAGAUUGUGGCCAUCAUCUGGACAGCCAUGUGUCUGAUCUUCCAGACGGGCAGCAAAAAGAGUUCAGUCCUGCCGAAACCCUGGCGCAUUGUGGUGCCCUCCAUCAUCAUUUUCUCCGUGAUGAGCCUUGGUAGCGUUCUCUACACUAUCCUGACCAACGGACAUCUAAAGCAAUUGUGCGGACAACUCCGCGAGAAUCUCACCGAUCCCAUUGCCAUCAGCUGCGGGGAUGCCAUCGCCCUGCUGCGGCCCAUCGUGCACGAGCACAAUGUCUCCCACGACACGUAUCUGCAGCUCUUUCGCUGCAGCUAUGUGAUUGGUAUGGUGCUGUGGAUCAUGGCCCUGCUAGUGAUGGUGCUGCGGUUCAUCUUCGCCGUGGACUUCCAGCUGGUCGACAUCGAUGAGUUGUUUGACCAUCGGCCGAGCACAGAUUUCCAGGCUCCCAUUCAGCCCGUCUAUAGGGAGGUAGUGCAGCAGAGCAGUCCGCAGCACCAGACGCAGAUAAGGCCCAGAUCCGAGGAGGACUAUCAGAGUGCCAGGUCGCACUUGAGCGAUGUGGCAGUGCCGCUUCUAGAUGGUCAGCCCCAAGCUUCGGUUGGGGUCACCAGUUUGGCCUAAAGGGUGGCAAAACGAAUGGCAAUCUCAGGUUUAUAUUUAUUUUUAUAUACGAAGUGAAGUCCUAGGGAAUGGUGGGAAAUAGGGGUAAUCAUUUGUCCCUUUUAUCCAGAAUUUAGUCUAAAUUUUAGAGUUCUCCCAUAGAGGAGUCUAAGCGAACUCGUGCCUCGAAGUCAGAAUUAAAUAGUUUAGAAAAUGUCGCCUUACCUAAGGAAAAAAGUGGAUUUGUUGGACGAUUUCAGGUCAAUUUAAUGGAUUUUGAUAUAAAGAUAUUUUAGCAUACUUUCAGGCAUUAGCAUAAAUACAUAUAUGUAUGUAUCAUUCAUUAAUUUGGAUUCGUUGGUUUCGAAUCUCGUUAAAGACCUUUAUUUAACUUUUAACAUUUCAAUCCAUCCAAAGCCGAUAAUCUCCAAAAAAGCUAAGCGACAUUCCCUAGUCGGUCGAUCGACUAUAAUCUUUUAAAAGAAACAUUAACCGUAGAGUUUUUUGUUUUAUUGAAAAUGCAAUAAUAUUCUAACCGUCUGACAACCGAAAAACUGUGCAAAUAAAAUACAAACGUUAUGUAUACGAAGGA